CAAUGAAACCGGUAAAGCCAAAACAUAUGACAAAACCGUCAGUCAUUUUUAUUGCAUCGAAUGAAAAACCUGAUGUUGAGACGCAUUUCCUCCCAUCUCUCUCCUCUUUUUCAAACUCAACGUUCAUCUCUUCCUUUCUAUCUCAAUCAGGCUUCUCACUGCUUGAGGAUUAUGGAAGAAUUUAGUACGCAUACUGCAUCUCAGGUGGAAGAUGGAAAGUUGUCCGAGGAGAAGUCACGAUUUGUUGCUUUUGUCCUGGGUGGCCCUGGAAGUGGGAAGGGUACGCAGUGUGCAAAGAUUGUGGAGACAUAUGGACUUACACAUUUGAGUGCAGGAGACCUAUUACGAAAUGAGAUAUCUUCCAUGAGUGAAAAUGGUUCUAUGAUUCUCGAAAUCAUCAAAGUGGGGAAAAUUGUUCCUUCAGAAGUUACAGUUAAUCUGAUCCAGAAGGCUAUUAGCUCUACGGAUAAUCACAAGUUCCUAAUUGAUGGAUUCCCACGAACUGAAGAGAAUCGGUUGGCAUAUGAACGGAUCGUAGGAGCAGAACCAGACCUUGUGCUUUUCUUUGAUUGCCCUGAAGAAGUGAUGGUGAAAAGAAUCCAAAACCGUAAUCAGGGAAGGAUUGAUGAUAACGAUGAAACAGUAAAAACUCGUCUGCAAGUGUUCAAGGAAUUAAGUCUUCCUGUCGUCAAUUACUACUCCGAGAAAGGAAUACUUCACACGAUCAAUGCAGUUGGAACAGAAGAUGAGAUAUUCAAGCAAGUUCGUACCGUAUUUUCUGCAUACGAGCCAAUAAUUAGAUGAUGGAUUGAUGGAGAAAGGAAGGAGAUCCAGGUUUUUGCAUCCUUUUUGCCUGAUGAAUGCUACCCCGACCCGACUCUUGUGAAGGUCGACCGCGAAAUUUUGAGUGAUAAGCAGGUGUCAUAUAUAACUUGCAAGAUAAAAUCACAUCCCCUCGACGACAUGAGGGUAGAUAAAUAUAAUCUUGGGAGUAGAUAAAAUCAUCAACUCCCAAUACAAGUUGGAAACAGAAUGAACCAUAAUUUUAACAUGUACUUUCCAGUUUCCAUAGUAUCCUUGGGCAUGGAAGAUUGUCCAAUUUCAUCUCUAGUGCCUUCUCUUUUUUUUUGCAUUUAUACAGGCCCAUAUUAUGUGCAAAUCUUGAAGUUCCAUGAAGAUUUUUCUGUAACUGUGGUAAAAUGCAAAGCAAAUUGAAACCAAGUUUCAUUGA